AUAUUGAUAUUAUAUAGGAUGACAUGCAACAAUAUAAUUGAAUAUGUUCAUGAACAAGUUAAUGAACAUGUUACAACUCCAUCAUUCUCUUCAAGUCAACCAAUAGAAAGUAACAAUCUCUUACUGAACAAGUAAUCACUGUUGAACAGGAGGAGAUUAUGUUGAAGCCUUGAUCGAUCUUGGUGUCAUUUUAGACAUUGUUAUGAUGUAUUGGUUGGUUUUGAUUUUAGACAUUGUAUUUAACUUGUGUUGUAAGAUUUUUAUAUUUUGGACUUUAUGGAUUUGUUGUUAUUGAUUGGUUUUCAUGUGAAGUAUUGGACUAGUUAUCAUGUUGACAUGUUAUUUAAUAUGUUUUAUUGUUGAUUUGUCUUAAAGCUUAUUGGCUUUGAAGCCUUUUUAAUGGCCUACAUAUUAAUAGAGUUUAGGGUUUUUAUUAAGGAGCGGGCAAACUGAUCUGGCAAUAAUAGCCAUGACUACGGAAGAGACAUCAAAGAACAAUAAACGACCUCAAGUGGUGAAGAUGGACAGAGCAUUCAAAUUGGCAGAACAAUGGGUUAAUAAUAUGGGUAAAUCAUCAGAUGAUGAUAAACCAAAUGGAGCCAUUCUAGAGAGUCGGCCUCCUAGGCUUGGAAUUGGUGCAAUAGUUCCUCGUGAAUCUAAACACGUACGUUCAAAUGAUCCCUUAGAAAGAAAAUUGCGCGCUACAUUGAAUGCUAAAGAAAGGAAAGCUGAAAGGAGGGCCGACGAACGUGCAAUAUCUGCCAAUGACAAAAGGGUUGAUGAAGACAGUGACGACGAGGAAUCUGAAAGCAAAACCAAAGCAUUUUCCAAGAAGAGACCUGCAGUUCUCCCCUCUCCUCUUAAUCCUAAGAAGAAACAGAAGUAGAACAUAAACAGAGCAGGUGCAUGACAUUGUUUAGAAGUCAUUGUAUCCUAUAUGCUUGCUGGGCUCUUAUGUAGGGACUUGGACUUGGGAACAAUAUUGUUUAGGUUAUAGCCCAGUAAACAUAUGUAGUAGAUUAGUACCUCCCAAAUCACAAGUACUUAGCCUGCUUUCUUCAAUGAAGAGGCCCAUCUUUGAUGGAAACCUUAUUAUAAUCACUGUUUAAAACCAAAGCCCAGUAUAUGAUUUCUGACUGGAAGGCAUGAAAGCAGGGCAAAUUGUAUUACAAUUGGA